AUGGCUCCUAUCUCGGACUCAGACCCUGCUGGGGCCGCUGCCGCUGCUGCUGAGGAAGAAGACUGGAAGUUAUUUAUCGCCGACAUGGGUCUUGGUGCUACGGUGUGGAAGAAGGCUGGCACCAAGAUUAGGAGAGGUAUCGAUUUUGAUGAUAAAUGGGUUCUGCAGAUGCGGUUUCAACCGGCACUCUCGCAGGACUAA